GACAGUUCUAGUGACGGCUAAGCAGGGACUGACUGGUGAGGCUAAUGAUGCCAGUCCUGGCUCUGAUAUGACAGAAGCAGCCAAGGGCUACCAGACCUUUUCAAUCCAGGAAGGCUUCCUGGAAGAGGUCUUCUGCCCCUCCUGAGGACCAUGCAGCAACCCCACUGACCCAGGAGUAAGAUCCCCGCAGGCAGGGUACCUGGCAUGGGCUGCGUGUUCUGCAAGAAGGUAGAGUCAGCACCCAAGGAGGAUGUCGGCCUGGAGGGGGACUUCAGGAGCUACGGGGCUGCAGAUCGCUAUGGCCCUGACCCCACUCAGGCCCGGCCCGCGUCCUCCUUCACCCACAUCCCCAACUACAACAACUUCUCCCCCCAGCUCACCAGCCCUGCCACCCUCGUCGGAAGCACCAUUAGGGGCAUCUCAGGGGCCGGUGUGACCCUGUUUGUGGCUUUAUAUGACUAUGAGGCCCGGACAGAGGAUGACCUGACCUUCAGCAAAGGCGAGAAGUUCCACAUCCUGAACAACAAUGAAGGAGACUGGUGGGAGGCUCGGUCCCUCAGCUCUGGAAACAGUGGCUACAUUCCCAGCAACUACGUGGCUCCCGUGGACUCCAUCCAGGCAGAAGAGUGGUACUUUGGAAAGAUCGGGAGGAAGGAUGCAGAGAGGCAGCUGCUCUCACCAGGCAACCCGCAAGGCGCCUUUCUCAUUCGGGAGAGUGAGACCACCAAAGGUGCCUACUCCCUGUCCAUCCGUGACUGGGACCAGACCAGAGGAGAUCACAUAAAGCAUUACAAGAUUCGCAAACUGGACACGGGUGGCUACUACAUCACCACGAGGGCACAGUUCGAUUCCGUGCAGGAGCUGGUGCGGCACUACAUGGAGGUAAACGACGGGCUGUGUUACCUGCUCACCGCAGCCUGCACCACCAUGAAGCCUCAGACGCUGGGCCUAGCCAAGGACGCCUGGGAGAUCAGCCGCAGCUCCAUCAUACUCCAGCGCCGGCUGGGCACCGGCUGCUUCGGGGACGUGUGGCUGGGCACGUGGAACUGUAGCACCAAGGUGGCGGUGAAGACGCUGAAGCCAGGCACCAUGUCCCCGAAGGCCUUCCUGGAGGAGGCGCAGAUCAUGAAGCUGCUGCGACAUGACAAACUGGUGCAGCUGUACGCUGUGGUGUCGGAAGAGCCCAUCUACAUCGUCACGGAGUUCAUGUGUCACGGUAGCAUGCUGGAAUUCCUCAAGAAUGAAGAGGGCCAGGUGUUGAAACUGCCCCAAUUGGUGGACAUGGCAGCCCAGGUAGCUGAAGGCAUGGCCUACAUGGAGCGUAUGAACUACAUUCACCGAGACUUGAGGGCAGCUAACAUCCUGGUUGGAGAAUGGCUGGUGUGCAAGAUCGCUGACUUUGGGCUAGCUCGCCUCAUUGAGGAUGAGGAGUACAACCCCCAACAAGGGACCAAGUUCCCCAUCAAGUGGACAGCCCCAGAGGCCGCCCUCUAUGGGAAAUUCACCAUCAAGUCAGAUGUGUGGUCCUAUGGGAUCCUGCUCACGGAACUCAUCAGCAAGGGUCGAGUCCCCUACCCAGGCAUGAGCAACCGGGAAGUGUUGGAGCAGGUGGAGCAUGGCUACCACAUGCCCUGCCCCCCAGGCUGCCCAGUGUCCUUAUACGAAGUCAUGGAACAGACCUGGCGUCUGGACCCAGAGGAGAGGCCCACCUUCGAGUAUCUGCAGUCUUUCCUGGAAGACUAUUUUACCUCCACCGAGCCACAGUAUCAACCUGGAGACCAAACAUAGCCCUGUCUCUGUGGGUGCCCACCGGCCUUUGCAGUCCCCAGGGCUCUGGUCCCAAAACACAGGCUUAAUACCCUGUAGAGUAUUGGCCUAUCAGGGGGGCUGAAGCUCUGACGCCAGCUAGGGCCACCCUCUUUUAGAGAAGGGGCAAAUGGGGGCUAGGAUCUCAUUGCUCAGUUACUCUGACCCCAAGUACCAUUUCUCCCCUUCCCACCCAGGCCCCACUCCUGAAUCUAGGGUACCCCAGUCAUUUCACAGAUGGCGGAAUGGAUGCUCAGAGCUCAUCUCACUCACCCUGACCCCUUCAUGUCUUAAAGCCCCUCCAUGUCUCAUGUCUGUCCCCACAAAUGUUCAUACCUUGUCUAGUUAUUUAUAAACCACUAUUUCCCUUCCCUCACUUUCCUCUUAUUAUUAGAUACCUUCCCAUCAUCCCACUCUGGUCUAAGCCCUAAGAAUUCAUGCCCUUUGGACUCAUGCCUUGAUGGUUGGCUGCUCUGGUCCAGGAGAGAGAGGGAGAGAGAGAGAGAGAAUAUGAAUGAAUUUACUGAAAGCCACCACCUCUCUGAAAAGUCUAAGCAUUUAUAGAUUAUCUAAAUAAUAAAAAUGACAACAUGAAUCCUUAAACUACGAAAAACUAUCUGAA